CUGCCUGCCAUAAGCAGCAAUCCGAGGACGCAGCGACUCGGCGAACCAAGGGGACGCCCGGUUGUCUCGCGAUCCGGGCGACACUGGCCUUCCUCUUCAGGCACUUUUUUCCUCACCUCAAACUUCCAGGAACCCACCAGACCAUGGCCUCCUUGCUGCCUCUCAUCUCGGAGCUCCUGCCCAUGGUGAUGCCAGCUGCGACGCAGGUGAUACGCGCGGGUGAUCUGGCACCGACCGGCCCAACCGUCGAGGGGCCUGUCACGCAGCGGCGCGCCGUCGUGGGCAAGUGUGGCAUGUGCGCGACAGUGUUGACUAUACGUCCGAAACACAGCACGUCCAUCAGGCACAACAGUGAGCAGGACACCAUCAUGUACAGCAUCGCCGGCUCCAGCACCGUCCGCGUCAAGGAAGGGUUCGAGGACGAGCUGCAUGUCCAUGAGCUUGCGACUGGCGACUUCAUCUUCAUACCGGCAUGGACCGAGCAUCAAGUCUGCAACGGCUCGGACCAACAAGACGCGGUGUGGCUCGUUGUGCAGCACGGCUCGCAUCCGGUUGGCGCAGAACUUGCAGACUGGGGCGGCGCGGUGACGGCAACGCAUGACUAAAAAGUCAGAUCCUCUCGUUGC